CGCCAAAGUGGGAAGAAAAUGUGCAGUUUACUUUCUAAAGUUUUCAUCGCCGAUUUUUCAUAUACUUUUCAAGAAAGCAUCGUUUUGAUAAAUGGAUUCAACGACAGAAUUCAAAUAUUUAUUAUGUAAUAUACAAAAACUGUACUUUCAAACUGUAGGGAUGAAAUACUUUGAUUUGGAGAAGUUAACUACGACAGAAAGCGAUUGUGACCGUCAACUGAAAAUUUUACAUGCUACAGUGCUUCAUCCACGUAGUCAAAAAUGGCCACCAUCCUCAAGCUACAGACUUAAAUUUCUGAAAUCCUUACUCUUAGUGUUGGAGGAAAAGGGGCAAGAAAUUUGUGACGAACUAUAUGAUUUUGUGGCGUUACUGAUGGCGGAAAAAAGCUAUCUUGCCAACAGAGACUGCUAUAAAACCUACAUAUUGCCAUGCAGAAAAGCUGUUACAUUGGGCGAAUCAUCUGACUUCGUAUCGCAAGGAACAACGGGUCUAAAUACCUGGCAAGCUGGUAUAUAUAUGAGUAACUGGCUGAUAGAAAACACAUCAUUAAUCCAAGGAAAGUCAAUUUUGGAAUUAGGUUGUGGAGUUGGUCUUUCUGGAUUGACAGCUUUACAUUAUUGUCGUCCAAAGUCGUAUACUUUUACGGAUUGCAACCCAAAAGUUUUAGCUAAAAUCAAAGAAAACCUUCAGAUAAAUGGUUUUAGCUGCUCAGUAGAUUCAGGAAACGAGAAAGAGCGCCAUUCUGUGUUUAAAGAGAGGGACGAUACAGGAGAUAGUUUUGAAAAUUCACACGGCUCUCAUCAUAGACUGUUAUGUUGCACUUGUACACCUAGCGAUCACGUGGCACCCAAACAGAGUCACGUGAGUGUUUGUCUUCUAGACUGGGACCAGUGCAAUUUUGAAGAAAUAGAAAAAUUCGAACAAGAUAUCGUUCUUGCUUCAGACGUGAUCUUCCAUCCACAUACUGUAAAACCGCUUGUGAAUGUUUUGAAAUGUUUGCUAACGUUAAGAAAUGACACAAAAAUUUCUCCUGUCGCGUACGUUGCUUCAACGAUUAGAAACGAAAACACAUAUAACGGAUUUCUUUGUAAUUUAGAAAAUGCUGGCAUAAAGUACAAACGAUGGAACAAUGCUUUUCAACACGACUAUCUAUUUUACGAAAAAUCUUCGGAAAUUGAAUUCCUUCAAUUAGAAAUGUGAUUGUGAUGACGGCCUUCUCUCUUACCGUCUGGACCGUUAAAAUUUAAAAUUUAUGAACGUCAACUGCGAUUGGCCUGAAUUAGUUUCGACCUCCGAAAUAUACAUUCGGUAACCUUGUGUCUCGCGAAUGCACAAAAUAAAGACGUGAGCAUAGACAUUAUGAACGCAAAGGUCCACCAAUGGCAGGAGAAACUGAAGGACAAAAAUGGCUUCAAUCAACCAGUGAAAAAGAAACUUAUCUAAAGGCUAAUUUCCUCGUGAAAACAUUUUGCGUAUUUAGAGCUUGGUGUUGUAUGUGUACGUCAUUUUAAGUAACAUAACGGUAAUAAGGUUAAAUAGCUGUUAAACAUGGAGAAGAUCAUUAAAUAAUAUCUUACUAAAUAACCUAACCCGAGAACCAAGUCUGCUUUCUUUAACAGCAAGUUUAUUAACUAGUAGAUUUUUCUAUGAAUUUCAAUAAACAUCUAUUUCUCUAUA